AAACUUACUAUUUGAUUUUCAUCAGCGCAUGCAAAAUGUUCAAGUGUCUAGUUGCGCUCAGUCUAAUUGCAGUUUGUUGUUCUGAAACUGCAACAAAAAGUGAAACUGUGCCUAUUGUUGCAAUGGAGAACAUACAAAACGAUGGAAACUUUCAUUACAGUUACGAGUCCGGUGAUGGUACAAAAGUGCACGAAGAGGGAGUGAUAACACCGGGCGAUAAACCGGAGGAAGGAGUGGAGUCAGUCAAGGGCGGCUUCGAUUUCGUGUCACCGGAAGGGAAGAACAUCGUUAUCGAAUACACUGCGGACGAAAACGGUUACCACCCGAGUGGAGAUGUGCUUCCGGUUGCGCCACCGAUUCCACCCCUAAUCGCCCAAUCGCUGAGAGCACUGAAAAACAAGCCGUCCGGCGAAGAAUCCGACUACUAAAAUUAAUGACAUUUAACUGUUCAAUUUGUAUCGUUAACUUGUUAACACGAUUCUGUUGUUCUUUUAAAUUCAUACUUGUAUUUAUUGAGUCAGAUGAAUAUAAAUCAGCGGUAUCCGGAAUACUGUGUCGAGUUAUAUAAUGUUUUAUUCGAAUGUUUAAUCAGUUAUUCUGUCGAAUUAACAUUUAUAAUGUUUGCGUGAAACUGAGAGUGUUCUAAAAUUGUUCUGCCGUAUAAUUUCAGUGUCAACAUUCGGGUCAUCCUUAGAAUUUAAUUAUCCCCUUAAAUAAAUCAAUAAAUUCAAUUGUAAUUAAUUAAAUAAAACAUUUAAUUAGCUGAA